AUGAUGUCUGAUAAAGUUCUAGCCAAUAUCUAUCCAGAAAAACGUACAGUGACACCAACAACCGAAGUCGAAAUUUUAGAUCUUGAAGAACUAAAAGAAGUACAGGAUCAGAAGAGAAAAGAAUAUGAGAGCUAUUUGAAACGAAAUAGGCUUGACAUCGGUCAAUGGUUACGUUAUGCAAAAUUUGAACUUGAUAAUCAAAACAUUCGAAGGGCACGUUCUAUAUAUGAAAGAGCGUUACUUGUUCAUGGUUCUAAUAUUUCUCUAUGGAUAAGAUAUAUUGAUUCUGAGAUUAAAACAAAAAAUAUUAAUCAUGCCAGAAAUAUAUUAGAAAGAUCAAUAACGGUUCUACCGAGAGUUGAUAAACUCUGGUAUAAGUACUUGACGUUAGAAGAGACUCUACAAAACUAUGACAUAGUUAGGAACCUUUUCAAAAAAUGGGUUUCAUUAGAGCCAUUACCUUCAGCGUGGAAUUCUUAUGUUGAAUUCGAAAUACGACAAAAAUCAUGGGAGAAUGUACGUGAUAUAUAUGUGAAAUAUACUCAAGUAUUUCCUCAGGCGAAUACGUGGUUUCGUUGGAUUAAUUUUGAAUCAACAUACGGCUCUAUUGAAUUAGUUCGUCAAGUUUUUUCUCUUUCCAUAGAUACAUUGACUAAUUAUGAUUCUGUCGAUGGCAAUAUUAUACAAGAUACCAUACGGCUUAUUAUAGCCUUUGCCAACUGGGAGUUUGGAAAUGAUGAAUAUGAAAGAGCAAGGACGUUAUAUACUUUGGCACUGGAAAAAUGGCCCGAUAAUCAAGUAUUAAGAAAUUCAUUUGUAUCAUUUGAAAAACAAAUAGGAUCAAUACCAAUUAUUGAGGAUUCUAUAUUAUUUAAACGUAAAAGAAAAUAUGAGGAGCAACUUACAUUACUUCCUUACAGUUACGAUACAUGGUGGGUAUAUUUAGAUCUUUUAGAACAAAAUUAUCCUCAGCAAUACGUAUCAGCUUUUGAAGAUAUGUUGAUUAAGAGUAAACCUACGGAUAAUUGGAAAUCUCCUAAUUGGAAACGAUAUAUUUGUUUCUGGAUACGAUACUUUAUUUUUCUGGAAUUUGGUAGAUAUGAGAUAGAUCUUAUAGAAGAAAAAUUUAAUCACCUAUUACUUAAUAUCAUACCCUAUGAAAAUUUCUCCUUCUCAGAACUUUGGAUCAUGUAUAGUGAAUUUUUGGCAAGAAAUAAGACGAUAGAUGCUAUGAGGAAAGUGUUUGGAAAAGCUAUUGGAAUCAACCCUGAUGGGCAGAUAUUUAAACGUUAUAUUGAAAUUGAACUAUUAUUGAAGGAAUUUGAUAGAGUAAGACGUAUAUAUGAAAAAUAUAUUAAGUUUAAUUCUGGUGAUUUGUCUAUCUGGCUGGAAUAUGCUGAUUUAGAAGAAAACUUGGGAGAUGAAGAAAGAUGCAGACAAAUUUAUAAUCUUAUUAUAAAUAAUGAGAUAAAAGGGAUCACAGAUGUUAUGAAAUACGAAGUAUUUCAAAAAUUUAUUUCUUUUGAAACUCAAGCCAGUGAAUUCUCAAACGCUAGGGAACUUUAUGAAAAUUUCUUAGUGUUUAGUAGUUAUAAUACUGAUAUAUGGAAUGCUUAUGCUUUAUUUAUUAGCACGACGCCAACCGAAGAGCAAUUAGAAGAUUUACAGAAUUUGUUACAAAAUGGAGAAGAUGUUGAAUUUGAACCAAAUGAAGUCAACAAAGAAGCUGCCAGAGCUAUAUUCCAAAGAGCAUUGAAUUACUUUAAAGCUGAGGGUAAAAAAUAUGAAAGAUACAUAAUUGUUAAAUAUCUUAUCGAAUAUGAAAAAACUGAUGGAAAUUCUACUACACAAGAGAUUGCACAGAAUAUGUUGCCAAAAAUCAAUAAAGUAAUUAAAAAUGAAAAUAAUGUUGAAAAAGAAUAUGUAGAGUAUAUUUUCCCUGAAGAAAUUGAAGAUAAACCUGUAUUUGCAACUCCUAAGGUCUCUAAAUUUUUGGAAUUAGCACAAAAAUGGAAAAAAGAAAAUAAUCCUUAA